CUAGUUUCGUUUCAGCUGCUCUCACGAGUGCGUCUACCGGUGGGCAUUCGAUCUCGGGCCUCUCGGGCUGGCUUCAAAUUACAAAAAAGCUUCGCCGCAGUAACUAAAUAGGAAGCGAGUAAUUACUUUGAUCGUACUAGGGUCUCCGUACGCGCUGUGCAUAUUAGAGUGGCACAAAAUGUUCAAAUACAAUAUUUUGACUCGAAAACUAUCCGAGCUGCUGUCUACUAAAGUGAAUGCUAUUAUGAAAUAGUAGCAAAUCCAUAUGGACAUAUGUAAAUGUGUAUGUUUCAAGUUCGCAUAUAAGUAUGACUACGUACGUAUGAUAUAUGUAUGUAUGUAUGUACAUACAUGCUUAUACACAAAUGGACGUAUAUUGUAUAUAUACACAUAUUUCAUUUAUGAGUGCCUUUAAUCCGUGUAUCGAAUGCGAAUUAAUUAAUAAAGCGUUUAUUUGCACAACAGAGAACAUUAGCAGUCAAAUAAACAGUCAAUAAAAAUGUACAAACAAAUGGAUACCUACGAGCCCGAUUCCCAGUAUUAUUUAUCCGAGUGAUUUAAUACAUCAUAAUUCAUUUAAAUACGUUUCAUUUUUAUCUAAAUAUUUCUACAAACGUGUGUGCAAAAUUACUCAUGACAAAAUUAUCUAUUUAUUUUCUAUUCUAACCCCGAAGAUCGCACUUCUGAAUAUUUUAAUAUUUAUAUAGAAACGAUAAUAUAGCUAUAAGUUUGUUUUGUGAUUAAUCCGAGAAAAGUUCAGCCUACUAAAAGUUGAUUGCAUUCAAGAUCUAAGAUAAACUGUGAUUAAUCAAGCAAAAAAGGCAAAAGCUGAAUUUAAUUUGCGUUCGCAAUUUAAUUACCAUGAAUGUGACUAGAGACAAAAUGAGUGUAUACUUAAUUGGAUUAUUACUGCUCGUACUUACCGCAAAUGGCAAAGUGCAACAGGAAUCGAACAGAACUCGAGAUACGGGUGACAGUGGUGAUCCGAAGAGCAGCUUCGAAAAGGAUGAUGUCGGCUGGACGAACAUCGAUGCCGAAGUCGACGUGGUGACGCCCAUGGUGUUAGCUCACCUUCAAAAAUUGGGUAUAGCCCAUCUCGAUCUGCCAGACAUGAAAGAGAGCAUCUCUAUUAAGCCUUUCUUCAUAACGUAUGAAGCCGGUCUACACCUGACUAAUGGAAUCGUCUACAACCUGGCUGGAAUACAGAGACACAAAAAUGCAUUCAUGACCUAUGAAGGCAAAUCGUUCCUGAGUAAAUUUUAUUUGAAAAUAAAUAAACUUCAGUUUGAAUACAACUUUUUGCUGAAGCUCAUGGCUAUUGAGGGUUACGGAAAGGUGAUUGGCUCUUUGGAUGAUACCAUCAUCUAUGCUGAACUGGCUGUCAAUGUGAUUACUUCGAAGCUUCAUCUGCACGACUUUCGUAUAAUUGAAUUCAGCAAUAUUCAUGUACAAUUGGAUCAAGCACGUUUAAUUCGUGAAUUUACUGGACUUAUUUUAAGUCCUAUCACAAAUUUGUUCAAGGAUCGAAUCACGACAUCGAUUGCUGACGGACUGAAGGAGCAAAUGCAAACCGUUAUGGACGAUUUCAACAACGAGGAUCCUUUAGAGCUUCGUAAAUUUACAAAAAAACUAAUAUCCGGUAUAACGGGCUCUUCAACAGAUUUGACGGAGCAAACUUAGGCUUAGAAACAGUAAUAAAAAGUAACUGGAAAGCUGGGAAUAAA